AAACUGAAAGAUUUAGUGGGAGGGGUUUGUGUAUUACAAUUCAAUGCAUGCAAUAAAAAUAUUGCUUUUGUAAACACAAAUUCUGUAAGUUGGACAUUCAGACCCAGCACUCUUACAACAAAGAUGAGUUGGACUUUCAUCGUUGAUGAAUUGGGCAGACUGGAUUCGAUUCUCUCAGAGCCAAAUUGGAUUGGAAAAUGGCCGCUUUUGUCUUUGUUUUGCUGGUAAUCAUCGUACAGUGGUGCUCGCCUGUGCUACCGAGCGCCACCGUGGAGUUCAAGUUCCAGCGUUGGAGUAACCCUGAUCACUCGGAGUUGGUCGGCGGCUGCUGUGAUCCUGGAUGGAGCUGUGGAUCUUGUGACAACUAUUUCAUCGUGUGUCUCGACGACGACGUUCCUGGGACGAACGAUUUCAACGAUUGCGGGCUAGCAUACAUUGUGACAGGUGUUGUGUUUGAUGACAACGAUGAAUUUGACUUUCCUUCGACCAUUCCGAGCGGCAUUCAAAAUCCUAAAUCGGUGCCCGUUCUCAGUUGGCAGGGAAAGAUGCGAGUUAAACUUCGUGUUUGGGAUGAGGACAGUAACGCUGACGAUCUAAUCGAAGAAGCUUUCACAAAUAUCGUUCAGAGCUCCUCCGCUUCACAGUCUGGUGCCCAGUGGCAGACCUACACGAUGGGAACACACUCGGAUUUCACUUUCCGAGUGAGGGUGUACUGCAACCCUAACUACUACACUUCAGACUGCAGCGUAUAUUGUGUCCCUACGGAUAACCAUAAUGGACAUUAUACCUGCGAUCAGACGACAGGGGCAAAAAUAUGCAACGAUGGUUGGGAAGGAAUUGACUGCAAUGAGGACAUAGACGAAUGUCAGACUGGUCCCUGCCUACAUGGAGCUACCUGCCACAACGGGAUGAAUCAGUUUUCGUGUUUCUGCACGGACGGCUGGACAGGUAAUCGUUGUGAAAUUGAUGUGGAUCAGUGUGAGACCAACCCCUGCCACAACAAUGGCACGUGCUACGACUUCCCUGGUUUCUUCAACUGUUCCUGUGACCGCGACUUCUCAUACCUUAGCGAUUUGUGUGAUAUAGACUAUUGCGCUGAUCGGCCUUGCCUGAACGGCUCAACCUGUCUCGUCCACCACAGCAACUUCUCCUGUGUUUGUGCGCCUGGAUUUGAAGGGUCUUUGUGCGACGUGGACAUUGACGAGUGUGCAGACGAGCCUUGCCAAAAUGGCGGCAACUGCACUCAGGGCUUAGGUUGGUUCAACUGCACGUGUCCACUCGGCUAUGAAGGAGAGCUCUGCGAGACAAAUAUCGACGAGUGCCAGUCUACUCCGUGUUCCAAUAGCGCAACUUGUGAAGACCUUGUUAACGCUUUCCAAUGUAACUGUCCCGUCGGAUUUGAGGGAACACUUUGCUUGGACGAAAUAGAUGAGUGCUCACCAGACCCUUGUCAGAACAACGCCACGUGCAUUGACCACGUGGGGUAUUUUGAAUGCAGUUGUUCAGUUGGCUUUUAUGGAGAUGUGUGUCAGGUUGACAUCGAUUACUGCAUCAACCAAACCUGCACGAAUAACGGCACGUGCGUAGACCGACUGGAGGGGUUUCACUGUCUUUGUGAAACGGGGUACGAAGGUGUUUUGUGUGACGUUGAAACAGACGAAUGUGCCAAUGAUCCAUGCCUGCACAACGGAACGUGCCACGACCUUAUCGGACACUACAGGUGUACAUGCGGAGAUGGAUACGAAGGUGUGGAUUGCGAGAAAGAAAUUGACGAGUGUCAGAGUUCUCCGUGUAAAAACGGCUCAACCUGUAUCGAUGGGCUCGCUGGUUUUGACUGUCAGUGUGCUGCUGGCUUCGAAGGCACCUUGUGUGACGUUGAAACAAACGAAUGUCAGAGCUUCCCCUGCUAUGAUAACGAAACAUGUAUCGAUAUUCUCGAUGGUUUUAGGUGCGUGGAUGGAGUAGAUAUGUGCGAGAAUCACUUUUGCCAAAACAACGCCACUUGUCACGACAACGACAGAGGGCCCGGAUACAGUUGCAAGUGUCCGCCUGGGUACGACGGGCUCCUGUGCGAGACGGAGAAAGACGAGUGCGGAAGCUCUCCUUGCCUCUACGGCACGUGUCGAGAUCAUGUUGACGCCUUCUCCUGCGACUGUGCCCCUGGCUACGAGGGAAUUCGGUGCGAGAAUGAUACGGAUGAAUGCGCCAGCGCGCCCUGUGUGCAUGGCAAGUGUGUCGACUUUGUUAACGGCUUUGAGUGCAUCUGCGCGCUGGAGUGUACAAACGGUCGCUGUGAGGACGGCGUUUGCCUUUGCACUAAUGGCUUCGAAGGGGAGGACUGCAGCGUCGAGACGGACUACUGUAAGAGCUCUCCCUGCUCCAAGGGAACAUGUGUCCCGUUAUUUAACAGUUUUAGAUGCGAGUGUGAUCCUUUCCACGAGGGAGAAUACUGCAAGCAACUGAUCGAGGAUCCGUGUUCCCAAUCACCAUGUAACAAGAACAGCCAGUGUUCGCUGUCUGCAGACGAGCCUGAUGGGUACCAGUGUAUCUGUAACGACGACUUCUACGGAGAUAGAUGUGAUAUAGCGUUGAAAGAGUACGGUUGCAGUAUUUUCAUAGUGGGGAAGCUAACAGACCUUGCAAAUUUCAAGAGUCAUAUGGCCAGCUUCUUGAAGUUGCUGCUGUCUUCGACGGCUGCGCGAAAAGUCCAGAACUUGACAGUCGAAGUUGUUAGAACUGAAGACUACAUCAAGUCUAAUACCGGGGAACCGCUUACCCGCGUCACCUACGUGGUUUGGUCAACCUCUACAGCAGUGCAGCCCCUCCCUAAGGCGGAGGUGGAGAAGGCGGUGAACGAGGCUUCUCUCUCCGAGGUGAAGGAACAGCUUGGCUACGAUGUCUUUCGUGGAAAGGCCGAGCCGAAGCCCCCAUUGUCAGAUAACCAGAACUGGGCAGCCUCUCACUGGUACGUCUUUCUCAUCAUCACCCUGGUAGUGGUGCUCGCUGUGGCGACGGCUGUUGCUCUCAGAAUCAAGCAUACGAGACGCAUCCUUCAGGUGAGCCGACCAUCAGGGGCAUUGGAGUUGCAGGAAGAUCUGGAGGAUGACGGACUCUACAAUGUCUUGGCAGAGAUGGAUGUGAACACGAAGAGGCAGAUCGCUGAUGGCGCCGUCCCGGCUGCGUCCUGCGCAGUUUCAGUGCCUGUGAAGGACGGCCCCGGCGAAUAUGCCGAGACAGCUGUUGACCAUAUCUAUUACGAGACUCCGUAUGGCAUAAAGCCACUUGAAAAAUAGAUCAAUCCCCUCCUUCCGCUUCCAUCCCGACACGAGUCCGCCAACAGAGGGCGACAAACCUCUGAAUGUAUUGUUGCAUCCGAUGUUCUUUCAUUACCUUUUAAUCCAUGAAAACAAACAUUUAGUUUUAUUUCAAAAGUCUAAUUAUUUUUGACGCUCAGUUUCGUUUGAAGGCCGAUUCAUACAUGGCACAAAUGCGAGCAGGAACUAUCGCGUUGCGAAUUCGUAAAAGUCUAACACAUUUAUCUCGUGAGAGAAAUUUUGGUGCAAAUAUUCAAGAUGUCAACUUCACUUUGUUUUCGCUUUCGCCUGAAGUUGGAAUCGGUCUUAACGCGAAAACAAUUCACCCUCAUAUUACCUGUUCAUAUAUUAUGCAUGCAGUUUCCAGACAAAUAUUUUAAACAAAUUAAAACCAAAUAAUAAUACUUCCAAAUAGGUACAUGUUAACGUGGCAACUGUGCCUGUGCUAUUUCACAAAUUUCGUGCUAUAAAGCGCAUACAUAACUGAAAUCUGCACUCUAAUUAAAACACAGCCUUUUUAACAUUACAGUCUCCUGAUUUUAAGAAUCAUAAGAUAUUACGAUAGAGUCAAAGCAAAACAAAUCGUCGAAAGGACUUAGAAACGAUACAAUUUGCCCCAAAAGUUUAAUUUGAAGUGUUGACUGAUAACUAGAAAACUUUGAGGAGCAACAUGUAUGUUGGAUUAAGUGCAUGUGCAAGUUACGAAAAUAGAGACUCAGUGCCAAGUAAUAGUUUUCAAACCAAAGAGUGAGAUUCAAGAAUAAUCUUCGUUUCAUUAGCACUUAUGGGAUUCGUAACGCUGCUACUUAUAAACAGUGUUAAUUUUUGCAGCAUAAUCCACAGAUUUACUGCGAAAAUUGUGUGUAGCAGUUUGUUGAGACUUUUCUAACGAUUCCUGCCCUCAGAGGGUGAGUACAUGUCUAAAUACUAGACAUAUUGAGACUAUUUGAUGGACAGUUUUCAAGCACAUGAACAUUAGGAACUGAACAUGUAAUGUGUAGUUUCUAAAUGUUUCUUAAAAGUGACAGCAACUUGAAGAUAAGGCUUAAAUGCUAACUGUGGGCUGAUUUCUUGCUUUUACACAUAAAAACUUCGCAGAUAAAUGCAUACAGUGCGAAAGCGUGCCCUUUUUCCUUUACCAUCAAAAGUUUAUAAAAGUGCCAGAUAAAAUAACUCAUCACUUGCAGUAUUCUGGCGUUUACUUCGACUUAAUCACAAUAUUAGAUUCCUCCACUUGGGUUACCAUUACACGGAGACGAUUGAUGCAGGCAUGAGGAAAACGUCUGCAGUUUGCAAGUGAAGAUAUAACUGAGUUCAAGGUAUUGUACUGUUUGAUUUUAUUCAGGUCAACAGAGCAAAGGAGUGCUGUUAGUCUCAACCAUUACAUCAGUUGUGUUUUAUAAUAUUUAAUUGAAGUACGUUAACCAGCUCUGGAGCAUGGUGUUAAUAGCUGAAUAGAAGAAUCAAUGAUGAACCCCCCCAUGACAAUCGAACAUCACAAAUUAAUUGACCAUCAAAUGUUUUCCCAUCAUCCGUUAAAACUUUCCUUUCUUGAAGGCUUGUUUUAACGUUAUUUUUUCCAUGUGCAGAAGGCUUCUAUGAAAACAUCGUGUGCAAUCACGUGGUUAACCUCAAGUUUAUAAACGUUUUUCGGCUUUAUACCCGGCUUCAUUGAUUUGUCCUUCGAAGAAGAACUGAAAGAACAACCGUCAGUAGGCCUAAUGGGAGCAGUGACCACCCUGCCCCCCGUUUUUUUUCCUGACAAACGAAGAUACAAUACAUAUAAACCUCUACAUCCUAACACAAUGAGCUCUGUAUCCGAAAUUUCAGUCCCGUGUAGACAACGGGGGGUGCUUGAAAUCGUUAGCUAUUUUAUGGGUGAAUUCUGGUCUGAGCCCCCCCCCCGACAAAUCCCAGGUGCACCACUGAAAAGGGGCAGUUCUGUGUGUGGUAGUGCGCACCUCGGCACUGUAAUCACUUCCGAGGAAGCCACCAAUCCAUUUCCCUUUAAUAAUUCCCAACACCUACCCACGCAAAAGAGAGCGAAAUCCUAAAUUGAACACAAAAUAUGUAUUCUAAGUCGCAGGUUAUCAGGCUUCGGUGCCCACUGAAAAAAUGUUUGCACCCCAGCGCCCCCAAAAGUCACCCCAAUAAUGCCACUAGUUGACAAUAAUGUGCUAAAGGCUGGAUUCGGGGGGGGGGGCAAAAAACUUGGAUCUUUUUUAUGAAACCUUUCAUUGCCGUAAGUGGUGAGGCUACGUUUAAGGGCUUUUUACACGCUUUUGGAAGGAAGGGGAGUGAAAUAGACCCCCCCCAAAAAAAAUAGUGGCCUUUCUCUACUAAUUUUCCCAAAAACAAACAAUGGGCUCUUUAGGGUUUCAGUCCUUAACUGAUGCUGUGGGUUUGCCAGGAAUAUUUUUCCAGGGUUUUCCUCCCGCCUCUAAAGUUGAACAUUUCUUCAAUGUCUUUCCCCCUCUGCUGGGGCCGUUGGAGAGAGCAGUAUGUAAUUGACAAGGCUUUACACUGGUUGUACAAGGAAAUAAUUAACGGCUACUGACUGCUUCGAUGUGGGCUAUAAUGUUUAAACAAGCGAGGUACUCACAGUGCCCGCUCGCAGGUCACUGUAUAAAUCAAUUUGUUGAGCCCAGAAAUUCGUUUCAAACAGUUGAAAGAGAAUAAAUGAAAGCAACAUCUGAGUGAAUAUGCAAUAAUGUUCGAAUAAAACAGCACAUUCAACUCA